GAGGGGCGUUUGUAUAUAAAAUAACUCUUAAAACUGUGUAGCACAUGUCUGAAAAACAGCAGGAUUACUGGGAUCCUAUAUAUCAUUCCCUUUGUUCCAAAAGAGAUUCUCGUAGUGGUGAUUCUCUCUGCAGUGAGAGAGCUGAUUGUCCAGACUUUGCAGGGCCUAAAGGGUGUUUUUUGUUUGUUUGUUUUUUAAAGUCAGGUUUCAAAUAACUUGUGAGAGCGACCCUUUUAUCCUUUUUCUUUGGGGUAUUCAGUACAGAAUCGUAGGGCUAACUAUCUGAAAAACCUUUUUGGUCACCUUUGCUCAAGCUGACUUUUCAUGGGGGGGCGGAAAAGGGGGGAAGGAGGAUUUAAGAUCCCUCUUUGUUGUAAACUGUUGUCCUAAAGAAGUAAGGGUAAAUAGUAAUAGAGGGACCUUGAUUUCACACAGUUACUCAAUUAAAUGUGUGAGGAAUAGACCAUAUUUAUAAAACGAAAUUAGAAAUUUUUUUUUUGUAUAUUUAACUCUUUUUGUCAUUGACUAUUUCCUGGAAAUGUGAUUGAGAUUUUUUUUCUGAUUUUCUGUAAAAUCAAAGUUGAACCAACGCAUGAUUAGCAUGUAAGAAUUUUUGGUAGCUUUAUACAACUUAAUUUUUAAUAUAAAUACAUACAUCUUUAUUGUGGUCUCCCUUUAUGUUUGGUGUAUGCAUGUUUUCACUUGUUCAAGUCUUAUUUUCAAAGUUUUCAGUUGAGGGUAAGUAUAGCUUAGUUUUUAUUUCCUUUUUAGGCUGUGCAGAGCAAACUGAUCUAAGAUUACAUAAAUGACUGUUCUCAGGCAAUUUGUAACAUAUUAUUCAAAUUUUCUUAACACAGAAAAUUGCAAGCAGUUUAACACUUGCUUUUUCAUGAAGGGUUUAAAGUACAUUUCAUUCUGUAGCGUGUGGAAGUGGUCUUAAUUUGAGCCUUUCAGUGAUCUACAUAUUCUCUAUAGUCGUAUGUGUAGAAGAACUAGGUUUUAAUACAGAAUGCAAUUAUUUUAAAAGGUUUUAAAACUGGCAUCAUAAAACUCUAAGUAUGAUUUUUCUGCCAGUCUUGGAAUACUGAAUAUCGUGCAUCUAGUUGAUCUAAACCAUAUUUUAUAAAGCCUUUACAUUACACUGCAUGACUUGCUGACUGGUUUUAUUUGUCUUGUUUUUUCAAAAGUGCCUGUAUUUUUGUGGGGUUGGGGAGGGCAGGAUAGUGGUGUGUAUGUGUGUGUGCUUCUUGAUAUUUGGCUAACUGUACACAAAUUGCCUGAGAAACACCAUUUAAUAAAAUCAGACUUUCCACAAAUGGGGUUUAGCUAUUGUAGCUGGGUCUCUCCUUUUUUUACUCAAUCUCAAAUAAUAGGCCUCUGGUUAUUUUGCAGAGUGUCUCUGAAGAAUGGACAGAAUUGCCAUGGCUAACUACCAGCUACAGUUCACAGUGGACAAACGUUGUAGUUUUCUUAUUUACUUUAUAAAUUUUUGCCUUUUAUAUCUUGUAGUUUCCAAUCAAUCCUGUAUGAUUGCUGUUUGCGAAUGCAGUUUUAAAUUCUUUAUAAUAGUAUAUAGUUUAAAACGUAAAUGUCUUUAGUGUUUUAUUUCCUUCGAUAAUGCAACCAUUUCUGAAAAUGUCAAUUUUUCAAAAUUUACAGCUGCCCACAGUCCAAAAAGGGGGUAACGAAUUGACCUGAGAAACUUAAAGAAUUCAGUUAACAGGCGACAGAUGCACGAGUGGUUAAAGAUAUGGCAACAGGGAAAUCUAAAGGAUAUGGCUUUGUUUCCUUCUUCAAUAAAUGGGAUGCAGAAAAUGCUAUUCAGCAGAUGGGUGGACAGUGGCUUGGUGGAAGACAAAUCAGAACUAACUGGGCAACACGAAAACCUCCAGCUCCAAAGAGUACAUAUGAAUCAAACACCAAGCAGCUGUCUUAUGAUGAUGUUGUAAAUCAGUCAAGCCCAAGCAACUGUACUGUAUAUUGUGGUGGUGUUACUUCAGGACUAACAGAACAGCUAAUGCGCCAGACCUUUUCUCCAUUUGGGCAGAUAAUGGAAAUUCGAGUCUUCCCAGAUAAAGGGUACUCUUUUAUACGGUUCAAUUCUCAUGAAAGUGCUGCACAUGCAAUUGUUUCUGUCAAUGGAACUACUAUAGAAGGGCAUGUUGUGAAGUGCUAUUGGGGCAAAGAAACACCAGAUAUGAUCAAUCCAAUCCAGCAGAAUCAAAUUGGAUUUCCACAGGCUUAUGGCCAGUGGGGCCAGUGGUAUGGAAAUGCACAGCAAAUUGGUCAGUACAUGCCUAAUGGUUGGCAAGUCCCUGCAUAUGGAAUGUAUGGACAGGCAUGGAAUCAGCAGGGAUUUAAUCAGACACAGUCUUCUGCCGCAUGGAUGGGUGCAAAUUACGGAGUUCCACCACCUCAGGGGCAGAAUGGAAGUGUGUUAACUAAUCAAACUGGAUAUCGCAUGGCAGGUUUCGAAACUCAGUGAGAGAAAAGGACUCUGGAACCUAACACCAGUGACUUGAGGCAACAAGGAGUGCUGUAAAGCCUUUGUUUACUUAGUUUUAUCAAGUCAGUGCAAAUGUCAGAUACAGUGUAUUUAUUUAAAGAAAUCAUUUUAAUCAUGAAACUAUUGGUCAUCCACAUUGUUUAAAAAAGCAAACAAACAGGAAAAACUAGAUGCUGGAUGUCUGCCAACUUUUGCCUUCUUUUCCUCCUUUUGAUGUGUGUUUCUUAAGAUCCUUGUUUGAAACACAACAAAUGCAGGGAUUACUGCCACUGUUAAAUUGGGGCAGAAAAUUGCACAAAGUCAAACUUUUUUUUCUUCUGAAGUAGUGUGCAGUUUUAGUUUGCAUUCCUAAUGGUUUAAAAUGUAUUAUAAACAGUUGUACAAAAAAGCCAAAACUGUGUGAAUUCUGAAGGUUCUUUACAAUCUUCAGCCUGUGCACAAAUUUGUUUUAAAAAUAGCCUAUUGUAUAAAGUGUCCAUCUCUCCACUUUUGUUUAUACCAGGGUUUUCAAAUAUAAAUUAUUUUACAUCAUUUUGUAUCUAGACAUUUUUCAAACAGUUGUCUUUGCCUUAUGUCAUGAGGAAAAUGUGAUGCUCAGCAUAAAAUUGUGUGCACAACUCUCAGAUGGAUCUAACUGAAGUCACAUUGUGUUCUACGUGAGAAGGUGCCUAGAGAAAUCCCUGUUGGAUUUGUUCUAUAGGAUUUUUAUCUUCAGUGAUAAACUUUGAUGUGUACUAGGGAAUAUAAAAUCCUGUUACAAAUACCACAAUGUGACAAAUUCCUAAGAACCAGCUUUUUUCUUUCAAUCUACAUUUACACAUAUCCAUUAUCAUGUAAAAUAUUUUAGCAAACUAAUAUUUUGCACAAAAGUUAGAAAACUUUGGAUGUUUCCUUAUUUAAAGGUAGGAUGCAGAGUCCUUUCACGUGAUUUAUGCGUAACAUUUUUAAGGGUUUUUUUUGGUCUUGCAUGUGAAUAUCAAAUAUACACUUUGGUAGUCUUUGAAUACAAAGUCAUCCGCUCUUUUUUAAAGAAACUGUAAAAGACACAAAGUUGUAUGUAGAAAACAAAUCAGUCUUGCUGUUUACUGAUAGUAAAUUUUACUCAAAUAGAGUAAGUUGACUUGAUUUUAACAUGUACAAUUAGAGCUGUGAAAACUGUAGCAUUGUAUGUGUAAGCAUCAGGCGGGGGGGUAUGUGGAAUGCUCCAAUUUAGCCUGAAGGACCAGCUGGGCAAAGCAUUUUUAAAUGUUCAAAGGCCAAAAAACUUUCUAUCCUACCUCCUUGACCAGCCUUCAAAGAGCAAAAACUUCUUCAUUGUGUAAUGUUAUUUAUUAUUCCUAUUAAGCUUUGGCUUCUGGAGUUCCCAUAUUUCUUCUCCCCCCCCCCCCCCCCCAAAUCAGUUGCAGUUGGGCAACUCAGAGUAUCAAGGGAUUAAACUUCUGCUAUAUUUGACAGUCAUGUGACAAUGUAUUUCAGGUUCUUGUAUGAAGUAAUAACAGAGGAUAGUGGGGAGUGGGACAGGAAUGAGGUCAGGCUUCCCUUCUCCUCCAAUUAAGGAUAUAAUAUUGGACUGUUAAAAUUUUUUUGAACAUUUUUAUUAGAAAAUGGGAGGGGUGGGGAGAGGGGGAAGGCAGGCAUAGGGCAAAUCUCUUAGGAGAUUGUGUUGGCCUAUAUCUUGUAGCCAACGUUAUAUAAAAUGUGGAGGACCUGAGUGUGCGAGACUCUCUGGAGAACUUUUCUAUGCAGCUGUUUUUAAAACUUGGCUUUAAAGAUAGGUGAAUACAAACCAACUUUUUUACUUGGAAAUGUUUUCCUCCCUGUAACUCUUGCAAAUAGGACUCGCAACAAAAAACAAAAACAAAAAAAAACAGUUUAAAAGUGAAAUGCUUCACAAAGUAGAUCAGUAUCUUAACUUCUAUGGAUUAUUCUAGGUUAGGGCUCUAUUCUGACUUUAAUUAUGCAAACAUACAUUUUUACUUUCUGCUUGACCAGCUGUGCUGUAUCAUAUUUUGCCCAAAGAACAUCCAUAUCUGUGAGUAGGCUCUGGAGUUUAGCUCAAUGCUGUAUUUGAAUACAGAUUUUAAAACCAAUAUAUGCAUAAUGUGUAUUUUUACCUCUUUUAUUUUGACUGCAUGAACAGCAUCUGUCUAAAUUUAAAAAAUGUAUCGUGAUUCCUGUCAUUAAAAUGUACACAUUACUGCUUGGUUUAAUUAAAAGCAGAGUGGGGGAGGGCUUCCUGUGCUGAUUGCUGAGGACUGAAAUACCUCUUGAAUUAUAGGCUCCAAGAGACAAGGACACACCUUUUUUUAAUGAAACAAAUUGAGAGGUCACAUGCAAUAUGGAAAAUCUAAUCUGUAGUUGGAAAAGAUACCUCUUUAUUUCUCUGAGGCCUAAAGUUGUGAAGAGUAUUGUCAGAAUGAGACACAUCUUGAAUUCUCCCAAUGCACUGGCUCUUUCCUUGCAAUGGCCUUGGUGUAAACAGCUCUAUAAAAAGCUUGCUAAAUGUACAUUACAGAAGUUACACCAUUCUAUUUAUCAUCAACCAAUGUUUAGAAGAAACCUAUGAAGUGAAAUAACUUGUGACAUGCUCUCUCACAAGUCUUCCAUUGGGAGCCAGAGAGGGCUGUAAGUGAUAUUUGUAUUAGUGUUGUAUCCCUUUUGUCCUCACCCACUCCACAAAACACGUAAAGCAAUAUUGAAGUGACAAUCAUUUGAACACAUUCCUCUGCCCUACCAGUGCUCUCCUUUCUUCCUCACCCUUUUUUUUUUUGUUGUUGUUCUGAAUAUUUGCACUUUUGUCAGGCUUUGGUGUUUACAGAAAUGACACAGCUGCCUUGCUAUGUAAGGUAUGCGUUCUAGAAUCCCAAACACACAACAGAAAAGGAUAAAAUGGCUUAUUUCCAAGGUAGCAACCUGGACUGUUUUUGCAUUAGCAGCCCACUUCAUAUUUGUAUGAAACAUUAAAUUUCACUUGAAUGAAUGUAUUUUGAUAUUUGUGGUUAAGGGUAUAAGACUCUUAACUCCACAACUGGUGACUUUUUUUUUAAAAAGCUGUUAAGGAUGUUAAUAAAACUGUGUGAACUUGCA